UUUGAGUACGUAGACAUAUCGUGAUUCUCUCAGUCCGUCAGCGUCCGCAGGAAAACCACCAGGAUCCGAUCCGCGCCGUUCCAACAUCGUUCAAGUCCCGAAUCAAGAUGGUGGCCAAACAGAGGAUCCGCAUGGCGAACGAGAAACACAGUCAGAACAUCACUCAGCGGGGAAACGUUGUCAAGUCAACGAGGAGCGUCACUGAAGAUAAAGGGGUGGGGCCUUGGCUUCUCGCUCUCUUCAUCUUCGUUGUGUGUGGCUCAGCCAUUUUUCAGAUCAUCCAGAGCAUCCGGAUGGGCAUGUAGAGUGACGUCACCAGCAGGGGGCGGGGCCACGACAGUGAGCCACUGGAGAUGAAGGAGCCCCAAACGCCGACAUCAUCAGCCGGGUCGUCGUGACCCCGCCCUUAGUUUAUCCAAACAAACAUUCCUGUACUCUACGACCAAACCAGCCCCUAGGACCCCCCCCCCCCCCCGUCUGCAUCUCUACCUUUAUCUUUGUUGAUUGAACGUGUCGCUGCCCGCUGACCUUCUCAGUGUUUCUCUGCCUGUAAGCCACACACGUGCCUUCUUCUGUUUACCUGUGCUUUAGCCCCGCCCCCUCUGAUUAUACCUUAUCAGUGCAGGAGGGGGGGUGAGGGGGGGGGGACACAUUUUAUAACAGUCCAGAAUAAUUGAAUCUUUGUGUGUUCGAGUCUGAGCUGCCCUCAGGUCUGUCGUCCUCCUCAUCUUCAUCACGGCUCUCAGGAUGAAGAUGAGGACGAUGACAUGAUGAAGGUCUUUUGAAUUAGAAGGUUGGAGGUGAUGACAGGUGUGUGUCUGCACCGUGUGCAGCCUCACCUGAACAGUUUUUUUCCCACAAUAAAGUUGAUUUUGAAGGUG